CCUGCUCUGGAAAAACUAUUUUCUAGAAACGAACUUGAUGACAAUGAACAGAAGAAUGAGAGUUUUUUUUGAAGCACUUGCCCCCAGGAAAAGGAAAAACCUUCUCAGUGUCUUACAUAUUGCAUUGAUCAUCUUUAUUGUGAGUAUUUUAUACAUCUCCCAUAACGGCACAAGAACUAUUACCAAAUGCAACAUCAUAACUAUUGAACAUACACAACUUGAACAAACAGUGGCAUUAAUAGCCAAGAAAACACCUCACACAGGUAUGAUGACAGUAAAUGUUGCUGGACGCCUCGGGAAUUUAAUGGGGGAAUAUGCUACGGUCUAUGGCCUUGCAAGACUUAACGGUUACCAAGCCUACAUCUUACCAAACAUGCAUGAGCAGUUAUCGAAAAUCUUUAAAAUUCAACUGCCUGUCCUUAACCAAGAGGUCGCUGAUCGUAUUAAUUGGACAGAUUACACAAUACGUAAUUUCAUGUCUCCAGAAUACAAAAACAUCCAGGGAGAGUAUGUAAAACUGACUGGUUAUCCUUGCUCUUGGAACUUUUAUGACUAUUUAAGAGAUGAGAUUUUCAAAGAAUUCAGUUUUCAUGAAUGGAUUAAAGAAGAGAGCUAUGCUUAUCUUGCUAAAGUACGAGGGAAUAAGAAAAAUGUUACCUUUAUUGGGGUGCACGUCCGCAGAGGAGACUAUGUAAAGAUUAUGGAAACUAAGGAUGGGGUUGUCGGUGAUAAAGAAUAUUUCCAGAAAGCCAUGGACUAUUUUAGAAAUAAAUAUCAAAACCCCAUAUUUGUGGUGGCCAGUAAUGGCAUGGAUUGGUGCAAGGAGAAUAUAAACAAUUCCCUUGGGGAUGUCCACUUUGCUGGAGAUGGCAUAGAAGGUUCUCCUGCCCGUGACUUUGCCCUCCUGGUACACUGCAACCACACUAUUAUGACUAUAGGAACAUUUGGGUUUUGGGUUGGGUACAUGACAGGAGGUGAGACUGUCUACCUUGCAAAUUUCUCUUUAACUGACUUCCGUCCCUACAGACGUGUGAUAAAUGCAGCUUUUUAUCUUCCUGAAUGGAUUGGGAUUCCAGCAAACCUCUCUCAUCUUUUGAAAAAGGACAACUCAUAAGAAGA